ACCUCAUAUAUAUACUUGGAAUUUUAACCACAUGUCUUGAUAGACCUAUCCAAAACCUUAAUUAAAAAAAAUCAAAUAAGACAACAAACAUGUACACAGUUCCACUGUCACCAAAAUUUUGAGACACCCUUUUGCAGGAUGUCACCACUUACCAUGACCUUCUUCAUUGUUUCAUUCUUCUGUAUUUAAUCUUGAAGGUUAUUAUGAUAACUAAGCUAGUGCAUGUGAAUUCACCAAUGACAGAUUCUCAAGUGAGUCAUCUGGUUUGUAGAACAAUGAAUAUUAUGAAGCUUCAAAGAUUUGGACCAGUUAUUAAUCAUUCAAGGAUUAACACUUCAAGAUUUGGUGAUAAGCCAUUAUGGUUUAGACCCUUUACUGUCAUUAAAGUUGCAGAACAAUCCUCUGGCUUUGGCUUAGUUGAAGAUGAAACUCUUGCUCAGAAGAAAAAAGAGCUUUACCAGGCUUUGGAAGGAAUCAAUAGAGGGAUAUUUGGAAUUCCAUCUGGCAAGAAGUUAGAAAUUGAAAGUUUGGUGAAACAGCUAGAAUCUCAAAAUCCAACUCCAGAACCAACACUAGAAUUGGAUAAGGUGGAUGGAUGUUGGAGGCUUGUCUAUAGCACUAUCUCAAUUUUGGGAUCAAGAAGGACAAAGUUAGGCCUAAGAGACUUUAUCUCAUUAGGUGAUUUCUUUCAGACUAUUGAUAAGGCCAAGAGCAAAGCAGUGAAUGUGAUCAAAUUCAAUGCAAAAGGGUUGAUAUUGUUGUGUGGAGAGCUUAGUAUUGAGGCCUCAUUCAAGAUUGCUUCCAAAACAAGGGUUGACAUUAAAUAUGAAAAAUCAACAAUCACUCCUGAUCAGCUGAUGAAUGUGUUUCGGAAAAAUUAUGAUAUUUUGUUGGGCAUCUUCAAUCCAGAGGGAUGGCUAGAAAUCACAUAUGUUGAUGACAACAUGAGAAUUGGAAGGGAUGACAAAGGUAAUAUCUUUGUACUGGAAAGAUUCGACGAUAAUAGCAACUCGUAGCCAUUUUCUUAGUUUCUAAGGGUUUCCUUCAUUGGAGGUAAUUCUGCACAAGACAAUGUCGGAUACUAAUUGUGGGCAUGGGAUUCAAAUUUUGGUUCAUCGCAUCGUAGGAUUAGUCUCUUCUGCUUGAUCCAACUCUAGUUGGUAACUCAGCCUUUUUGUUCACCAUGAUUCCUUCUAGGAAAUAUUACAAAAAUUAUGCAAAUAAAUAUGCUUAGCACUGACUGCAGUUGCAUGCAUUUCAGUCAUUAUGUUUUUAA